AUGAUGGAGUUCAACAAUCCGCCAACGCUGCUUCAGCAAGCGGAGAAGAUCUUGCUCCACCCAAUUCAUCCCCACCUGAUCGCGUACUGCCCUACCAUGGAUUUGAUUGCCGUUAUCACUACUGAAGAGAGUCUGGAGGUGUACCGCCUUAACGGACAUCGCGCAUUCGGGCUAAAACGAAAGAGUGAGGACGUCGUUGUAGACAUGAUCAAAUGGGAAUUCAACGGCAAAAGCAUCGCGGUCAGCUGGAGCGACGGCAAGACAGACAUGGUCAGUAGUGAGACGGGGAAGGUCGGGUUAAAGGACCUCGGUCUGCCAAAGGACGCAUCGAUAGACGGACCUGAUGGGCCUUCUGCGGGAAGAGUCAAGUGCAUUGGCUGGAGUCUGAACUUCAUUGAUGUGGAGGCGAUCAAAAACAGGACGAAGAAACCGAUGCAGGGAUUCGAUCUUUCAACCGAAAAUUGGGACAGCAACAAGGAUGAAGCUGAUGUUGAGGAUUUUUUGCAGAGGCAGCCUGAUAUGCAUGUUCUCGACUGCGCACCUGACCUACCGGAUCAGCUGGCUGUUAUGGAUGUCGAAACGCUGCUACCGAAGCUGCCUGCGAUUCCUCUACCGCCCGCGCUACCGUUUAUGAGGGUAUCGCAGGCGGAUUCUGGUACGUUCACUUCGCAAGCCGAGGUUGACGCAUUACUGCACUCCCAUCAUCUAAGAGAUUACAACUCGGUGGACAUGUUCAUUAGGUGCUCGGAACGAGGAACAGUACAUCCUUCCAUCUACGACUCGCUUGAGACAGUCACCGUUGGCCUACCUUUGCCCUGGGGUAUCAGUAGUACGCCAUUGCUACACACAAGCCACCCAUACGCCUGCAGUCACGGCCUCCUCAUGCGGACAUCGGCUCCAAAUUCGCGCGCGAAAAGCAUUACCUUCGUCCCACUCACGCUCAACUUCAUUCCAAGCGCAGGAAUAUAUCUUCACCUCAUCGCCUCAAAAACCGCGCAGCUGCAAAAUCUUCUUCUGUACAUCACACAAUGCCUCCAACGCAUUCGUACAUUCUUCAAGCAAGCCACUGAUCUACCCUCGAAAUUCAUGCUCAAUAUCUCCGAGACACUCGAGGAGAAGGAUCAAGGCGAUUUGAUCACCAAUCUAUUUCACCUAGCCUGCACCGGUGCAUGCCCACCGCUCAUUCGCGAAUGGCUUGUCGACGAGCUCGCCGAACAAGGGCACAAGCGUUGGGACAAUACAGUUACUGCAUCGCUGGCCACGCUACAAGCGCUAGUCCACGAGAACCUUAUCCCGGCGCUUGACCGCACAGCCGCGGUCAUCUCACGCCUCCGAGGUUUGGCAAUGUAUCACGAGAGCGACUGGAUAUUCAACAGUCCAGCCACGGAGUUCACAUCCCUCCUCGAGACAUUGAAGAACAUGCGGUUACUGGCCCACACCGUGCUGCUCUACGUUACAGACGAGAAGCGCCAGUUUGCAGCGUUCAGCAGGUGGCUGCGCUUUGUGAUUGAUUUUGAGGCUACCGAGCCUGAAUCACAGAGCCGCGCUGAGAUGGAGGGGCGAGACUCUGGUGUUGACAUCUCGUUGGUACUCGAGUAUGUGAGAUAUGGCCUGCAGCAGAGCAGUCUGCAGCCAUAUCUGUUACCUGAGGCGAUGCUGGAGACUGCAGACAAGAAGAAGGAACAUGCAAGUUACGAAGAUACGAAGAAGGCAGUCGAAGUAUACAAGGACGGACAGAAGUGGAGACCUGACGCUCUGUGUUUAGAACAUGUCCUGGGGCAUUUGACAAAGGGUACGACAGAACUGCUGAGGCAGGUCAGCAAGUGGCAAGAGAGUGGCAUCCAGAUGGACAGUGCUAUCGUGCUCGAACCCCUUCACAACGGCGAGGAAGACAGCAUCGCCGACAUGAGGAUGGUUUAUGAGCAUCGACCCACCCCAUCCCCACCGCCAGACUCAACGGAGAUAUCAACAUACAUUGCCAUCUCCUCACCCAGCUCCCCCACAACACUACACAUCCACCGCCUCAUCCACGCAUCAAGCAUCACCUCUCUCCCGCGCGAUCUCCACAGCCACAGCAUCGCCAGCCUCGCCUUCCCCCGCGGAUCUCUCAUCCUAGACACAAAGUACGCCGACGACGCCACGCUCCUCGUCCUCCUGUACUGCCCAACGAGCAAAGAAGAUCAGAGCAGCACUGGCCCGCCGCCAACCCACAGGAUCCUGCACAUCCCCUACAACGCCUCUCAGCAAACCGAACCCGAACCGGCGGUACGAUACACAACUCUCCCCGAGACAUCACGCAGCAGCACGUUACUGCCCGGCGGCAGCGCAACACCACAGUCGAUGCGCAAGGUCGUUGAGAUAUCGCAUGCACAGGUCGAGAGUCUCACGAAACACGUCUUCGAUGCCGAGGCAAGGUUUACGCCGAGUAGGUUGGUGGUCAAUGGGCGCAAGGGGAGGAGAGUUGUGGUUGUGCUUGCUGAGGAUGCGAAGCAUUAUCGUGUGUUGGAUAUGGAUUACCCGAGUGAGCGUGCGGAAGAAGAAGAAGAAAAAGACGAGGGGGAGACGGACAUAGAGGUGGGUGAGGACGGUGAUACGGUUAUGAGCGGGCUCUAG